AGGCAUCAGGUCAUUUGGCUCGCCAGCGGGCACCGCGUCAUCUGGCAAGGCAGUGGGGGCUCCGAGUCACCAGGCACGACAGUGGGUUCCGAGUCAACUGGCAUGACCACGGGCACUGGGUCAGACAUUGGAUCGUCUGGCUCGACAGCGGGCAUCGGGUCACCAGGCAUCAGGUCAUUUGGCUCGACAGCGGCACCGCCGGCACCGGGUCAUCUGGCGUUGGAUCGUCUGGCUCGACAGCGGGCAUCGGGUCACCAGGCA